UCGUUGUCCAAGCUGCUCGCAAAAAGAACCGUAUGUGUUUGACUAUGCAGGAGGAUAACGUCGCUUAGCUCGCUGGGUCACUUGGCUAGAAAGCUCCGCGAUAGCAUAAGCUAACCUCAUUCUGCGAUACAACCUCGAGACAAGUCGGGACAAGACCAGUCUCAGGGCUCACCAUACUCAAUGAGCGGACAGCGCAAUGUCAGAGCGCUCUGGGCAAACUGCAAAGGGGAAGGAAGGCAAAACCAAGUAUGCGUCUCUCAACCUGUUUGAUACAUACAAAGGAAAGAGCCUUGAAACACAAAAGCCUGUUGUUCCCCCCCGCCAUGGCCUGCAGUCUCUUGGUAAAGUUGCCUCCGCACGGCGUAUGCCACCCCCUGCCAACCUGCCCAGUCUGAAGGCGGAGAACAAAGGCAACGAUCCCAACGUCUCGCUCGUUCCCAAAGACGGCACAGGAUGGGCAAGCAAACAGGAACAAGCAGACCCAAAGAGUACCGAUGCAUUGUCAGCACCGCAGCCGGAAUCGCAGCAGCCUGUGGCUUCACCGACACCUGCCCCGACCCGCCCGAGAACCCCGCCAGCUUCAGAGGCUCAGGCCCCAGCUUCAACCCAGGCCGUAGGGGCAAGGUCCUGGGCACAGGCCAGUGUUACACAUGGAACACAAGGGGAUGGUGGAAAGGGAUCAAACCAACCGUCGCCAUUCUCUCGCGAGGAAUUUCCCACCCUGCAGGCGGCUGGCGACCAGGACAAAGCUGGCAAAGAACAGGGCACUGCAGAUCAGUGGUAUGGGCCCGGACCAAGCCUCCGCCCCCAGAACGUUACAAGUUGGCGGGACGGUGGGGGCCGAGCCCUGGCGCCCACCCUGUCUGGGGAGGGGGCAGUGGAGGGUGGCGCUGGCGGGGCUCUGGUGAUGGAUGGGGCAGCUGGGGUCCCCCCUCCAAACUCUCAGUCCCACGGGCCACCUAGGAACCCUCCCGCAGGCAGCCCCGCCUUGCCCCUGCCCCAGCCCCCUGUGGGGCCUGGGUUCCCCCAAUACCGAGGGAUCAUGCCUCCCUUCAUGUAUCCUCCCUACCUGCCCUUCCCGGCUCCCUAUGGCCCUCAGGGGCCCUACAGGUACCCGGCACCUGGGGAAGGGCCCGCUCCAAGGUUCUCUCGUGGGCAGGGUGGUCCUGACCACAGGCCUCAGGGUGGCCCACGAGAUGCAGGUGGAGAGGUGGUGAAGCGACCCUCUAUCCUAAAGCAGGAUGACCUGAAGGAGCUAGACGAGCUGGACCACGACGGAGAUGAGGGCUGGGCAGGGGCUCAUGAGGAGAUUGAUUACUCUGCCAAGUUGAAGUUUAGUGAUGAUGAAGGAGAGGAAGAGGGGGAAGAGGAGAGAACCGAGAGCAACAAUGACUCACGUGAGCAGCAGAGGUCCCAGGAUGCCCCCCCUGCAACCUCUCGCUCUCGAGCCUCGGACAGCGGCGGAGACACCCGCCACACCCCUCCCUCUAAUGCUGACAAUGGCCCCCAACCCCCCUCCAGCAAGCCAGGAUGGGCCGAGGAGGGAGGCAGUGGCUGGAACGGCCAGGGAACACCACCCAACUACCAGGGGCGCAGGCCUGGAUUGGGUGGUCCCCGGGAGCAGCCCUCCCCCCCACCUGGGCCGCUCCUUGGACAAGGGCCAUACUCCUUUUACCGCCAGGACCGGCCUCUCAACCAGGGUGCCUCUGUAGGCCCAGGGAAACCUGUCCCCACCCAGCACCCGCCAGCAGCAGGAGGGCCUACUCCUCCUCCCCAGCCAGGCCUGCUGGUCCAUGGGGCCCAGGGUGAAGAUGAGGAUGAGACUUGGCGUCAGCGCAGGAAGCAGUCCUCCACCGAGAUCUCUGCUGCUGUGGAGCGAGCCCGUCGCCGUCGUGAGGAGGAAGAACGUAGGAUGGAGGAGGAGAGACGUGCAGCCUGCGCAGAAAAGCUAAAGAGGCUGGACGAGAAGCAGCAACAGCAGCAGGGCAGCAACACAGGAGGUGGUGGUAGCGGCAGUAAAACUCCCAGCCUUGAUGGAAACUCUACAGUUGCCACAGCAGGCAGCCCUAGUCCAUCUAUUUCAGCCUCGUCUCCCAACAUCAGCCAGCCCCCAUCACCGUGUAUUGACCCUGAGGAGCCUCCAGUUCUGGUUGUCCCUCCAGGGACCAGUCCUGGAGUCAGUGACCGACAGCGAGCUAGCAGCAACAGCAGCUAUGACUCGGGUGCAGAAGCCCAACAGUGUCCCCAGCCGGCUGUACCGCAGCCACAGCCGCCCACACUGGACGUACCUUUACCAGGAGAAAAUAAGGAAGAGACCAUGGGCAGUGCUCACAUUCGUGCAGGAAGUGGAGGUGAAAGAGGAGUCGACCCAGUAAAGAUUGAGAAUAUCGGAGGGGGAGCAGGUCGUCAAGCCAGUGGUCCUCCUGGCCAGGGUUACUCAAAAUACCAGAAGUCUCUUCCACCUCGAUUUCAGAGGCAGCAGCAGGAGCAGCUCCUAAAGCAGCAGCAGCAGUGGCAGCAGCAGCAACAGCAGCAGCACAGCCAGGCCUCGCAAAGCCAGCUAUCCCCCCAGCCUCCACAGGGUCCCUCGCCAGGUUCAACACCCCAACCGGGGCCUGGACCUAAGCAGGGUGGGCCACUGUAUCAACCCAGCAAUAUGGUUCGACCCCCGCCCCUGCCAAUGAAUUUUGACCCACGCUGGAUGAUGAUGCCCUACAUGGACCCUCGUAUGAUGCAGGGCCGCCCUCCACCCAUGGAUUACUAUUCAGCUGCUGGCAUGCACCCGUCAGGACUUAUUGGGCGUGAGCGGUCUGAUUCAGGAGGUUCUGGUUCAGACCCCUUUGACAGGCAGCAACAGCAUCCAGGGCACCCUCACCGUGGGACCCCCCCUAUGGAUCCUAAGCUUGCCUGGGGGCCAGAGGUAUUUCCUGGCGGAGGGGAGGGCCGUGGGCUAGCAUCCCCCCACAGGCAGAAGCAGGCGUUGGAGGAUGAUGACGGGGCCAAAGGACCCAGGAGCGACACUCCUCCACACCGCAUGCGAGAAGGUGGAUUGGGACCCAUCCAGCAACCCAACCCCAGCUCUGGGACAUCCAAUCAGACUCCACCUCCAGUUGGCAGUCAAGUUGCAGCCCAGGGAGGCAGCCACCACCCUCAUCACUACAUGAGUGGGCGGGGCAACUAUAGCAACUUCCCUGACCAGGGUGGGAGGAUGCUCCCCCACCAGCAGCAGCAGCAGCAGCAGCAGCAGAGGGCGGGUGAGAGGGGAAACCAGCCGCAUGGUUUCACCCACCAGGAUGAAGGGCCUCCCAGAGGAUCUCAGCAGGGCCAGAUUUGGGGAGCCCCACACCCUCACUAUGAUCGCAAUGGUCGAACCGAUCACCCCGCUGUCGAGAACAACUCCCAUCUCCACCACCAUCACAGCCACCACCCUCAGCAGACUCACUUCCCUCUCCACCCCCAUAAGGCAGAGAACAGCCGUGACAGGGUCAUUGAGGCCCCUGCUAAGAAGACAGACUCUUCUCCCCCAAUCCACCAACCUUCCAUCUCAUCUUCUUGCUCUUCCUCCUCCUCCUCUUCUGCUAGAGAAGAUGGGAAUGUCAAAGUUGCCCUGCAUCAUCACCCAGCCCAGAGAGAAAGUGAAGCUGGUAUCGGGCACAGUCUUGGUGAAAGAGGCAACAGUGGCAGUGCCGGCAGUAGCAGUCAUGUGAAACAGGAGAAAACCGGCCCGGCAUAUGCUCCUCAUUCCACCAUGACCUCUAGCCCACCUCCCUCUCAACAUGGCAGUCAUACUCAGCCUCAGCAGCAGCAGCAGCAGCAGCAUCAGCAUCAGCAUCAGCAUCCCCAUCCUAAAUCAAACCAAAGAGGGGGACGGGAGCACAAGACAGAGACCCAGUGGGGCCCACGGCCUGGCAGCAGCAACACAGGUGGAGGGUCCUCUCAUGGUAGAAGGGCCAACAAUGCAGGAGGUGGGAACAACUCCCGUGGAGGGGAGGACUCCUCCAACACUCCAUUGGACCACAAACCCUCCAACCAGACAGGAGGCAGCAAUGUCAACAAGAGGGCUGGCCCCAUAAAGAAGCCAGUGCUGAAGGAGAUGAAGAGAGACGGAGGGGAUGUUGAUGGAGGAGAAAAAACAAGUGCAGGCUUUGGGAAGGACAAAGAGCAAGAUGGCGGUCAACCCACUUCCAUGAAGCAGGAUGCCUCCUCCAUCUCCCAGAAUACAUCAGCUCCAUCUAAAGAAGAGUCAGCCCAAUCAGCCAAACCCAGGAAUGGAGGAAAAGAACGUUCCUCAGGAGGAGGUGGGGGAGGGUCUGGUAGAGGGCCCAAAGAUGUAGACACCGCUUCUUCAGGAUUUUCAGGGUCCUCCAGGAGGGACAGGGACCGCUCCUUUGAGAGAGGAGGCAACGCCUCCCACCAUCAUGGAGUCCCCGCCAAAGGCAGCAGAGCCAGCCGCGGACGAGGGGGCGAGUUCUUCGGCCGUGGCCGUGGUUACCGUGGCACCUAUACGGCCGCUGCUGGGCCCAGUGGUGGAAAUCGGGGCAGAAUGGGCGGCAGGAGCGGCAGGGACUACCGCUCAUCUGUUGCCGGUGGACACCACCACGAGUCCAAGGGUGAGGGGGGAGGUGGCAGACACGCUCAGGACCGGUCCCAGCAUAACCCAGCCAGGGCCAGGAACCGAAGUGAAACCCGCAGUGAGGGUUCAGAGUAUGAGGAAAUCCCCAAGAGAAGGAGGGAGAGAGGUUCAGAGACUGGCAGUGAGAGUGGUGCAAGUGACCUCGCUCACUCAGACAAGGAUGACAACCAGAAACCCAACACCAAGAAUGGCUCUGAUCAUGCCAACACCACUGGCAGCGGCACCAUGUCAUCUGCACCACCCAGAGGUUCCCAGGCCCGGGUCUUUACCCCUAGGGGUGUGCCCUCUAGGAGGGGCAGGGGUGGAGGUAGUGGAGGAGGAAACAUGUACAGGGGCAGUGGUAAUGUUGGAGGAGCACCUGGAGGACACCGGGUUGGACCCAACUCCGCCUCUCACAGCGGGUCCUCCAAGUCAUCAGCCUCGGGCCGAAAGCAGCAAGGCCCACCACAAACCUCUGGGCCCAAAGACUUGGGCAGGGGAGGAAAUGGAGGAGAGAAGAAAGACAAGAUAGCUGAUGCAAGUCAAGCUCAAACUCAGGGGUCCAAUCCCCCUCAGCCAUCUUUGCCUGCUGCAACUCCUGCCCCUCUAGGUUCCACUGAAAAUGGAGGAGUUGUGACCCAGCAAGCUUCAACCAACCCACCGUCAAACUCUGGAGGGCCAAAUGCGCUCCCUCCUUCCACUAGCCGUGGGUUCCCUCCCAGUGGGUUUGAGCGACCACCUAGACGUCGCCGCCACGGGCGUUCCCAGCAUCAGCAGGACAAGCCUCCACGCUUCCGGAGGCUGAAGGAGCGAGAGAAUGCCGCACGGAUCAACGGAGGAGUGGGGGUCAUCGGGGGAGGACGGCCCUCCUCUCCCUCCCUGAAUUCAGUUCAGGACAGUAACGGAGCCCCCAUCUCUGCUCCCAUGACAGGCAAUGCCCAGAAUGCUAACCACAACACCGCAGUAACAACCAACAAUAACAGUGGUGGCGGGCAUCUUAGCAAUGCAAACAGCCACCACCAUCACCACUACAACCAGGGCAACGCUGGGCCGACCCACCCCCAGCACCACCACAGCCACGGAGCGAAGUCCCCGGACUUCACCAACCAGAACUCCGACCAGGCCAACGAGGAGUGGGAGACCGCCUCUGAGAGCAGCGACUUCACAGAGUUCAGAGACAGGGAAGGAGGAGGAGGAGGAGGAGGAGGCAAGUCAUAUUCUUCUCACCAUCCCCACCACCUGGGAAGAGGAGGAGGUGGCGGCGGCGGCGGA